CAGUCGCGAGAAAAUCGUGGUCCUGUCAAAGAUAUUAUCCUCUCUCACUCAUCGGAAAAUAAUAUUUCGCGAUCGUUUCUCGCAUUGAAAUAAGGGUGUUCGUUCUCCCAAACAGCUCCUCAGAUAAAUGUGAAAACCCGUCGCCAAGUGAAACGUGAAAACGGGAUUAAAUAAGAAUCCCAGCCACCAGAGCCCAGUCGAAAAUCAAUUUUUUUCGAGAUUUUCAAGGAGCUUGGGGGAGUUCCAUAUUGAUUUUAACGAUGAUCAGUCUUUGGGGUAACUGUGUUUAUAAACCUACUAAGAAAACAUUGGCGAGUUACGAAUUAGCUGAUCAAGCCCUUGGUAAAUUACUUCGAACUUUAAAUCUGCGGUGCCUAUAGAUGUCAGAAACUCGCGUACUAAAAUCAAUGUUUAUUCUUGGCUUCGCUGCAGAACUCUAAAUUAAUAUUCUAAUUGAGGACUGAGGUGUGAAAUAGUGAGUUUUUUUUCCGCCAAUUGACUUUGUCUGGACCAUCUUGAAUAGUGCGAAGUGGAUGCAAAAAUUGGAUGAUUUCGGCAUGAUCUGUUCGUCAAAAAAACUGGGCGGGGAGGAAUGGCUCACCAGGGGUUGCAGCUCACUCUGUCAUCCCCAGGAAUCGCUGGACUCGAGGUCGUCAGAGCCUUGCACCAGACUGUGAUAUCACUGCGCUCAGCAUUGGAUUCAUCUCGAGAGGAGCUGCGUCGUCUGAAAGAAGACUUUGGCGAAUUUUCAGCCGAGAAUUACGCAAACGUGGUGGAGAGACUCGCUCUAGAAAAUCACGUAUUGCGACGAAAGAUUCUCAGCAGAAGCGAAUUUUCCAGUGAUGCCGCCACCAGCCCUCCUCCACUUGCUGUAACGAUCAAAGACCCAACAGAACCAGGGGUGUCAAGCAUCGUCAUGGAUACUACCGAGGAUCAAACCGUCGUCGACGGACCAUCGGAGCAACUGAUUCCAGAAAAAGAAGCCCCACCCGACGAUUCUCAGCAGGAAGUAUCUCCAAUUCCAAAAGUUAUGGGGGAAUCCUUCGGCGAAGAGGCUGUGAUUAGUGAAGACAAACCUUCCACAGUAGUAUCUCACAAUCCUGUUGAAAAUCUCGAAAACUCGAGCAACGAUCUCCUCGAUGUUCCUGACAGAGAUUUGGAAGAUCUAAGUCUAAAGUCCGCCUCAGACGGGGAAAAUUCUGUCUUCACAGACAGUCCGGAGAACCAACAUCCGGAGGCGAAACCGAACGAAUCGGAAAAUGAAUCUGAGGAAUUGGAUGAUAUCGAGCUCAUCUUCACGACCGAUGAGACAUGCAGGGAUGUAGGGCUCCAGGAAGAUUUGGUUUCCAUCACGGAAAAUGAACCCUGGCAGCAAGCUUCUGGUCAACCAGUUUUGCUGAAAUAUACCAAGUCUGCCGAGGGAGACUCCAUGGUUUGUAACGGCGACAAAACCAGCUCUGUUGAAGAAGCUAUGUCUUCGCAAAGCUCCAGCAUUGAUCGCGAAGAGAGCGUGGACAGAUUUGAUGAAAGCUCGAAUACUAGAUUGAACAAACUGUGGUCCCAGUGCUCUGUUUUGGUCGAGACUGAUAUCAGCAAGUGCGGCGUCCUCGAGGAACCAGAUCUAUCUUCUAGGCAUGCUAUCAGGAGGAAUACUCUGGCGGCUCCUCCUAUGACUUAUCGACCAAUUAUUCACAGGGAAGCUCUGGCGGCAGGUCGCAGGAAAAGUUCAGCUCCUUUGCGACCCGUGAUGGAUCGAAGUUGUGGAGCGAGACGCGAGUCAGGAGCACAAACCGACAUUUCUGCACUUCCGGCACAGUGGCGUUCAGAAAGUUACUUGGCUCACAAAGUAGCUCAUACUUUUACAACUUUACCCAGCAAGUUUGCACUUCCGGCUGGUAUGCCCGGCAGACUCAAAGUCAACGACAAAACUCGAGAAGCUAGGAGAGUAAUGCUUUCAGAUAUCAGCUUCACGAGCAUGGUUCCCGAAUUAUCAAGAAGCGCCGAUCACCUCUGUCACGAUCCUCACGUUCAGACAUGUUACAAUGCACGAGGUUGCAUUCUCCGUACACCGGAAGUGAGUCGGCGAGAAUCUCUGGGAUCCCCCGCAGGAUAUUGGCCUCGUUGCAGUCCUGGAACAGGCCUACCGAGUCCCUGUGACUGUCGCUUAUCAACGGAUUUAUACCCGAGUCGAUAUCGAGGCUCGUUGACUUCGAUACCUUCUCCGGCUCUGGAGGUCGUCGGUGGACCCUCGCGAAGGCAUUCCUGGAGAGCAACAGCUGCGUCCUUUGAUACGUGGAGAAUCCCGGUUGCAACUUCCACUCCACGGCCCACUUGGUCGUCGAUGCCAUCUUCACCGACACACGUGCAUCCUCCACCUCCUGCAGCGAGAAUUGCAAAGACGAUACCCAAGAGAACGCGAUCCAAAGUCACGUUUCAAGAAUGUUCAAUGAUAAGAGGCAGCUUGCCGAAUCUGCGGACUGAUUUGGACACGAGCGAAGACUCGACGGAGUCCUUGAUCGAUGAGGCUGAAGACUACUUAAGAAGAAGUAUCGAUUCUAUGUUGACGAUGUCUACUGCCGAGUAUUGGAACAAACAGACAGCUCGAAGGAGAAGAGCUCGACGUCACUCUGAACCAGAUCUCUUUCGGGAAUGGAAUCCUCCUCGAGAUGCCAGACCCUACCUGCCAAAGAUACCUCGAGAUCUCAAACUGGAUCAUCUUGUCAAAGUUAUAUCUCCAGAAGGAAGGAUUCUACAAGGUAGAGUUCGGUACGUGGGACCAGUCCCAGGGCGAGAGGAAAUUCACGUGGGGGUGGAACUUCCAAACGAAAAUGGGUCUUCUGAUGGCACUUUCCAUGGCAGAAGAUUCUUCGACUCGGAACCAGAUCGUGCAGUCUUCGUUCCAUUUAAGAAGGUCGUGUUAGCCUGGUGCACCAACACCUGACCCGGAGCAACAACGACCAAUCCGCCUCGAAUCCUGUUAUCUAAAUUCACGAAGUGAAGCUCGAUAGAGGUACAGUUAAGUAUCGAGUGGGGUUUCUAUUUCGCGUGAUUUUCAUUUGUUAAGCUACUAGAUUCAUUCGUUGCAAGAAGAACAAAUCGAUAAAUCUCUGAGCAGAUUGACAGAGAGCAUUCUUAAUACCUUACCGACAUCGAAAGCAUUCCACACUUGAAGUGAUUCUUGCCCGUGCUAGCUUUCUUAAAUAUUUUCGAAGGGCCCCGAUAACGUCACAAAAUAAUAUUGCGCAAUUGUGAGAGACAAAUGUGCGUAAACUACUUCAAGGUUACUUAUGAUCUCAAUUAAGCCUUUCGCGUAAACACUGCAUGAAGUUUAUAUUUUUAUCUUUCCUUGCAUUUUCUGCAGCGUCACAUAGUCAUGAGAAAAACAAGGAUGAUUUAUUGUUUUCUAAUAGAUAAUGACAUUCUGGAAACUUAGCACGGAUACGAACCACUUCAGUUGGGAGACGGACUUGAUAUCAAUAAGGUAGAAAUUUGUAUUUAGAACACCCUCUGCCUAUCUACUUCGCUUACAACAAUUUAAAAUGCUGAAUCUUAAUAUUUUCAAAGCUUUAAUCCAAAGAUCUAGCCAUUCCAAAAGACUUUGAAAUCUCAAACUUAUUAAAUUAAAAAGAAAAAAAAAAGAAAAAAAGGAA